AUGACUGACGUCAUCAAUGCAACUUUUGAAAUUAAUCCGGGUUUGAACACUUUCUAUAUCGGGGGAAACGACAUAGAUACCGAAGGCGAUUGGAAAUGGCAAGAUGGUACUGAUGUGAUAAUGAGAGGAGAAGAGGGAUAUCAAAACUGGAAAGCUAAUCAACCAAAUGGCGAGACCACAGGUAAUACUGCUGUUGAAAAUUGUCUUGUAGUUGGAAGAGAAGUGUAUAACUGGGUUGAUAUAUCUUGUGAUGAAAACUUCUACUACAUUUGCCAGAAAGAGUUUCAAGGUCCUUUCGUGGAAAUACUAACCCCCAAGGAAAACCAGAGAAUGUGUACUGCAACAGACUGUAGCACUGCAACUCAAUUUGAGUGGUACAAAGCAUCUAACAAAGUAUCAACCGCAACUACAAGUGGAGUUUAUCAAACAAUACAAACUGGAUCAGCAACAUUGAAUCUUCAAAACGCAAAUAUUGCAGAUGCGGGAUCCUAUAGUUGUCGUUAUCGACUUGGUAAAUUGUGGAAAACUACAAAUGAAUCAUAUGAAAUGGCUGGAAAUCCCACAAUCCAUGAAAUAUUAAAUAGCAGUUGCAACUCUGACUUGAUAAUCUCACGGCAACCACAUACAAAUGCUCUUGGAUUCACGCACAAAAUAGAAGUAAGUCCGACCUCGGGGGGAUCAACAAGAUGGGUGGAUUCACCAACAUCUGAGAAACAGUCAACAACAAUAAUCAGUUUGUUGCCUACCACAACCUAUCAAAUCAAAGUUACUGCAUGUGUAACAAAAGAAUAUUGCACAACCAAUUAUUCUACCACCCGAAAGGCCAGAACAAGUGGAGCAUCGUUAUCUGUGGAAUCACCAUUCAUUAUACAGUACAAGAAUACGCAAACUUGCGUCAUCUCUUGGACAUUAUCUAACAAGAUGGAGACUGGUGAUUCAUAUACCGUGGAAUUGAAUCUGACUUCUGCUCCGGUUUCUUCGCAAGAUGCAAACUCGAAUAUAGACAUGAAGCUCAUAGACGUGACGUCAUCAUCCGCGUAUUCAUUUCAACCAGAACCAAAUCGUAACUAUUCGGCAUCUAUAAAAAUAUUUAAUUGCGUUUGGCCUGUUGAAGGUUCUUGUGUGGGAAAUCCAAGAGAAAACAAAUCGUUUGAGUUCAAUAUCUUCAGCUUUGUGAUCGGUUUUCUCAUUCCUUUGAUCUUCUACGUAGUCUUUGCCCUAAUCAUAUACAAAUUGAUGAGUAAGAUAAAGAAUUUGGGGAAAAUUGCAGAAGCGAAAGAACAGAAUUACGAAACUAUACAAGAAAAAGCAACUUCUUCCAAUGACCCAGUUUCUCAACCAUCAUAUUCGAACGUGCUAGAAGGAACUGCCGGUUACGAACAAGCUAUUUCUACAACAACUUUCCGGACCCAAGUGGAAUCAGCUUAUGAAAAUUACAACAUCUAACGAACUUCAGAUAUACAGUAUCUUCACAAAACGGAAGCAAACAUGUUGAAGUUUAUAAAACACUCUGUAAACUUGUAACAUACAAUCAUGUUGGUCUCGAUCGACAUUUCUAUGUUACAGUCGGACCAAGCAAUUAUCUAUCUCUAUCCACUUACUCACUUAGAUUGUAAUGGGCUCUUUAUGCUAUGUCGUAAACAUGUAUUGUCAUACAUUAUUAAGAACGACUCAUUUAGUUUUGUUAGGUCUACAAUUCUUCUAUUAUACUGCAAUAAUGAAAAUCAAAAAGCUUCACUUAAAAAAAUUCACCAAUUUUUUAUUAAUCGUUGUAACCCUAACAACUAACUUGUGUUAUUUGUGUUUUCGUCUUCAAUGGUGAGAAAAACUUUUCAAUAGUUAACUACAAAAUAUACGAUGAG